GCAAUUUACUUGUCAUGCCCUGUGGUGGCGGGCUUUUUUCUCCCCUUAAAUCUGAACUGUAGCUUUGAUGCUGUUUUUAUCCUGCAAGAGUAGGCCUAGAGGACACUGAGCUCUCUUAUAAUUCCUUCUCUGCCCCUGCAGUCUUUCAGUGCAGUACCACGUGAACACUGAGCGAAUGUGUGGCAGACAAACGGUCCUCUCGGUAGUCCUGUUCCACUGGUUUUUAAGUAGUAAGGUCAGGAUGUCCAAUCCUGGAAGUAACAACUAUGGCAACCUCCAUAGCAACCAGGAAACACUGGCAGCAAAAGGCUUCCUGUGUCCAACGGGUAAAAGGGCAAGAUUGCUGCACUCAGACUAAAUCCAAACUGAGCAGAUGCACUGUUACCAAUAGCUGAUCACGACUGAGUCCUGCAGGUAUCUGCUUUUGCAAGAAUGGCUCAUUUGGAAGGGUUCCUGCCUACGGGUCACAGGUAUUGCAGUGUGAGGCCACCUCUGGACAAGUUCUCUCGUUCCAGCACUGUACUUGCCAUUAACCCCACCUGCAGGAGCUCUUUUGUAGUGUAUCCUGCCUGGAUCGCUGAGCCCCUCACUCCCCAGAGGUGCCAAUGGAUUAGCCACUGCCUCCACUCCCCCUGUCUGGCAUGGGAGAGACUGGGGAGAUCCGUGUGCAUAGACAGCAACGCGCCUGUGCUGGUGAGAAGGGAACAAGAUGGAUUUUAUUACCAUGGUACAGUAAAAGAGGAGAUAGAGAGUGAAAGAGGCAUGUUCCUGGUAGAGUUUGCCAAACCACUUGUGUCCCGUGGAAAGCAUCCAGUGUGUGUGCAAAAAACAGCAAAGGAUGACAUUCUGGAGUAUGUGAAUGGGAUGAAGCACUCCUUACUCCCUGGAGACAAAGUGCUGGCACCCUGGGAGCCAGAUAUGGCCAGGUAUGGCCCAGGAACCGUCCUCACAGGCAUUGAAACAAGGGACCCCUUACGAGCCUCAGAAGAUGAAGAAAUUACAGUCCAGUUCUGGAAUAAUAAGAAAGUGAAACUCCCACGUAAUGUGGCUCUGUGGAUCCCUCCUGGCCUGUGGGAGAGGACUGUAGAGAUGAUCCACAUGCCCUUCACCAGCAGGCUGAAGUCCAGAGAAAGUCUGGAUGCUGACUCUUUUAUUUUUCCCUACAGUCCUAAACCAGCCCUCAUUUCUGUUUAUGCUGGACACAGCCUUGCCAAGCACUGCUUGCUCUGCUCACCCUGCUGGCCACAUUUCCACUACCACUGUGGUGGUGGUUUGUGCUGUUUGUCAGGAUACGUAAGGUGCAUCUGCUGCUGUCACCCCCGUGCUGAUGCCUGGCGGUCUCUUCCAUCCAGGUCUCUGGUUUUUCAGAACAAAUCUGAAGAGGCAGAGUCCAGCAGUGAGCCCUCUCCAGGCCUUCUAGAACUGGAAGGCACAAAACAAGAAGCAGCUGCAGCUGUGGCUACAUCUUCCUCCUCUUCUGAUUCAGAGUGGGACCUGAAGUCACUCCCCACUGGGAGUACUGUGGUGGACAGUGCUGUUAACACAGCCUGUGGCUGUCUUGAAAAGCCCAAGCUAGGGGAUUCUGCAAGACCUCAGUGGAAAUACUGGAAAAGAAGCCACCACAAGUCACAUUCCAGUAAUUCAGGACUUGGCAGUUGCAGCAGCGCAUGCACGAAGGGAAAGCUGGAAUCCAAAGCCAUCUCCAUUGGGGACACAUCCCGUGUGGCCCCAGCUAAUCGGAGUGCAGUGUUUGAAACCAUUGAGCUGUCUCCCAGAGGGCAACUCACAGUGAGAGAAAUCUUAAGAGACCAAGAUUUCAAGCCAUCACUGGAGGAAGAAGGUUUUGCAGCAUCAGAAAAACAAAGAAACAAAAGAGCGUCGGAUGAUAAAUGUAAAGCGACUUGCGUGGGCGACGACAAACUUGAUGUUAUAGAGCAUGUCAGAGCUCACUUGCAACAAAGCAGAGAAACAUGAUCAACCAGAAUUCAGCACACGUACAACUGAUGAAGUCCAGGGGCUGAAAUUUCAGGAGUCUUCAGAGAGCCUGUAUGAGGGCCAAGAGUAAGUGUCUAAGCAACUGCUGUAUGCCUUGCUGCAAACUUUUCCUCAGGAGCACGAGUGAGGUGAGACUGGAGAAGUGCUGCCUUGCUGCUGCUGCUGUAAUUCACAAAAGCCUAGAGCUUUAUCGGUGUUUCAUGUUCUGUACCAGUCUAUCUGGUACAGACUCUUAAUUGGUUAUGUGCCAGAAUGCCACAAUAUGGCUUCUGAUUAACUGUGCAACUCUCUGUGUGCCCAUUUUCCUGCCUAUACAUACGUUAGGAUUGGGAAGGCACCACUCAUUAAUCUUCUGUGUCAUCAAAGUCUCCACAUCUGUCACAAUUUUUAACCAGCUUGAUGCGAAAUGAUGAUAAAGAAUCAUCAUGCUAUCAAAUACCUCCAUUUAAAAACAAAGUAUUCUAUAAACUUACAUGUUGCUGGCAAGUUUGAGCUCUACUGGGUGCUCUGGAAGCUUCAGAUCUCUGGAAAGAAAAAGAUACUGUUUUCUAAUGAUACAACACAUCCAGCCCAAGUGAGGUGAUGUGUCAUGUGCAGGAAAUUUUCCCCUCCAUGAAAGGACUGAUAUGACACUGGUUGGUGCCACCAGAAGUUACUCUGUCUCCCCCCCCACCCAACAGAAGGCUUAGAUCAAUCCCGGUGUUCCUAAGUCCAUACUGUCAACCUACAUAUAUUAGUGUCUCACAAAUGGAUGAAUAAGAAUUAUCCUGUUGCAAGGGAAGGAAUAACCUUAAAUCAAAACCAAAAGUACCUACCUCUUCUUCCACCUCUCUUUCCUCUGCCUGCCUGCCAUGGUAUUUGCAGAUGUGUUUAAUUUCAUGCUCUUUGCACCUCGGGGCUCCCACGAAGCUAUAGUACUUCUGGACAACAACAGAAACACAGAAUAUUAUGUGGGGAGGCAUCAAAGGCCAUACUCACAGCUACUGCAGAUUUACAACUGAAAGUGGAACUGCACAGCUACUGACUUCCUGUAUUAAUUGCCUGGUUUGUUCUCUUGUGAGGAUGAAAACAAUGCCUGGAUGUCCACAGGACACCUGCCUUAUGGUACAAGACUGUCAGCCCUGAUUUUAGAAGCCUGUCUCCUGACACAAUAUGUAGGGAGGGACUCUGGCACCUCAGAACUGAAGUCAUGAAAAUGUCAGAAGGAAUACACCUUCCUGAUCAGGCUCUUCGAGAAAAGCUCGGGUGGAAGAAGGCACAGUUUAUGGGUCCUUAAUAGGACAUAUAUGACAGUGAGGUGCUUUGCAACCUAGCCAGUGAAGAUUCAUUCUGCAAGGCACAUGCAAGAGCAGCACUCUAAAAGCAGAACAUGUUAAUACUGAAAACUGGGUCAGUAAAGAACCUAAAGUGUUUUCAAGGCUGGUACCAGUAGCACAGCAGUUUUGAGAACUGUAUUUAAGUCCACAGCAGCCCUCUUCUGGUUCAGCUGCAAAGGUACUGGAACCUUCCCCAUUGCAAAUUAAAUAUUAGAGUACAGCUCUGCUGCCAUCUGUUGUCACCAGAGAACUCCUCCCAGGGUUACCUUUUUGAUAACAGGGACCAAAA